AUGGCGACGACCACCGCAAAACCGCUGCGAGCGCCUGAGGAAAUCGAGGACAUAAUCCUAAGCAAAAUCUUCCUUGUAACUCAAAUAGAUUCAAUGGGGAACGAUACACGAGCUGUUUACUUGGAGAUGACGGCAGCUGAGAUUUUAAGCGAAGGCGGUGAACUGAGAUUUUCUAGGGAUGUGAUGGAACGAGUUCUUGUUGAUCGUCGCGCAUAUGAAGGGAAGAAAAUCACUAAUAUGAAAGAUAAAUCAGUUAGGGCUCAGAUGGAGUUAGUUGUAAAUCAAGCGAAAUAUUGUAGAAUUCACUUAGUUUCUAGUUCAAUUGAUACUUUUGGUGGUGGUAGUAGUGGUGGUGCCUCUUCUCCUCCUGGUUUUUUGGAUGAGUUGUUUAGGGAUUCCGAUUACGAUUCCAUGGAAACGAUCUUGAAGCAAUUGUAUGAGGAUUUAAGAGGGACUGUACUCAAAUGUUCUGCUCUUGGAAACUUUCAGCAGCCAUUGAGGGCUUUGAUGUACUUGAUAAGUUUUCCAGUUGGUGCUAAAGCUUUGGUGAAUCAUCAAUGUGCUCUUCCUGAUCAAAGUUUUUACAAGAGUCAGCCUGAUGUUGGCGAGCAGUGUUUUAUGGACUCAUCAACAAGACGCCCUGCUGACCUUUUAUCUUCAUUUGCAACAAUCAAAUCUGUCAUGAACAAUUUAUACGAUGGAUUGGCAGAAAUUCUUAGGGCUCAUAUCCAGGUUGAUCCUAUGUCUUCUGCAAGUUCAGGCAUGUUUGUGAACCUUAGUGCUGUUAUGCUUCGAUUGUGUGAACCUUUCUUGGAUGCAAAUUCAACAAAGAAAGACAAAAUUGACCCUAAAUAUGUGUUUUAUGGUUCUCGUUUGGAUUUCAAAGAACUAACUGCUCUUCAUGCAUCUUUGGAGGAAGUUACUGAAUGGUUAAACAAAAACAAGCCAAGCCAAACAAUGAAGAAAACAGACUUCAAGGAUCUUGUCCAGGAUAUUCAAAGACGUGAAGAUAGUUUAGCAACCUUGAAAACCAUGCAAGAGCAAACUCCUUCACCUCGAAUACUGAGGGAUGGAGGACUACUUCAACUGGCAUUAUCUUUCUAUCAGUUAAUGGUGGUUUGGUUAGUAAGUCGAAUUGGUGGUUUCAAAAUGCCUUUACCACGAUCUUUGCCCAUGGAAUUCGCAUGUAUGCCUGAACACUUUGUGGAAGAUGUUAUGGAGUUGCUUAUUUUUGCUUCUAGAAUCCCACAUGCUUUAGAUGGUGUCAAAUUGGAUGAUUUUAUGAACUUUAUUAUCAUGUUCAUGGCAAGUCCAGAGUACAUUAGGAAUCCUUAUCUAAGAGCCAAAAUGGUUGAAGUCUUGAAUUGUUGGAUGCCUCGUAGGAGUGGCUCAUCGUCUGCUACUAGUACACUUUUUGAGUGGCACCUACUCUCUGUUCAGUAUCUUGUGAAGAAUCUUUUGAAACUCUAUGUUGAUGUCGAGUUCACAGGAUCCCACACUCAGUUUUAUGACAAGUUUAACAUCCGCCAUAACAUUGCUAAACUUCUAGAAUACCUUUGGCAAGUCCCUGUUCAACAAAAUGCUUGGAAACAGAUUGCGAAAGAAGAGGAAAAGGGUAGCUUGAAGCUGAAAUGGCUAACACAACUGAAUGGGAACAAAAAUCAGCACAAGAGAACUAGACUUUACCACUCUCAAGAAAAUUACACUCUGAUGAAAGAUCCUGUCAUUUUACCAUCUUCAAGAAUCAUAGUAGACAGACCCGUGAUUCAGAGGCAUCUUCUCAGUGACCCUAGUUGGCUAUUUCUGUGGCGUCAUCUCCCGAAGGCGGCGGCGACGGCGAUGAAGCUAGCAGAGGUCGGCGAUGCAGGUGGGUGUCGUUCGCAAAGAGAAAGGGCGGUGUUGGAGACCCCGAACAAAACAUCGACUCUUUGAAGGAACGGUGGAAGGAGAUGGGGUUGAGGGGAUGUAGAAGAAAAAAGAAGCGAUGGGAAGCUCUAGAUUGGUGGGAAGUGGGGAUCAUCAUGGAUCGGUCGAUGUUAAUUUGUUAUUGGUUUAGAGUAACGACGGAUAUUAAUCCCAAAAAUAUCGAUAGAUUAUGAGAAAAAAAGGACCAAUAGAGAGUUAAAAUUAGCUCUAAAACAAUAAAAAUUCUUUUAAAUACCUGAAUAUAAUUUGUAUGCCUUAUCAAUGUCGCUGAAGAAUUAUUAUAAAAUUUUCUGAACGGUAAUGAUCUCUGUUUGUUAUAUCUUAUAAUCUAUAUUUCGGUUUAAACACUAUUAUAAAGAAGGUUUAAAUUACCUAUUUUAUUUUUGUAAUCGUUAUUUUAUAUUGUUAGUUUUUAUUGUAUUAGCUUAAUCUUUUGUAAGAC